UAAACAAAUUUAAAUUUAAAAUGAAAAAAUAUGUAAAAACAGAGCCGAAGGGUUUAGGGAGAAAUCCCCAAUCCACAUUAAGGGUUUAAGCUUUUCAAUCACAAUAUAGAACCCACCGGAAUUGGAGAAUACAGAAUGGGGACAGUGAGAAGGAUGGUGAAGAAAGGAUCUUUGAUCGGUGAAAUGGGUUUCAUUCAAGGAGGCGGCAACAUUAACUGGUUCCCAGGACACAUGGCGGCCGCCACUCGGGCCAUACGCGACCGCCUCAAAGUCUCCGACCUCGUGAUCGAAGUUCGAGAUGCCCGGAUACCGUUGUCAUCUGCAAAUGCAGAGUUGCAGCCUAUGGUGGCAGGAAAAAGGCGGGUUAUUGCCCUCAAUAAGAAAGAUCUGGCCAACCCCAACAUAAUGCAUAAAUGGAUCCGCUAUUUUGAGUCGUUCAAACAAGAUUGUCUUCCAAUAAAUGCACACAGCAAAAGUUCUGUUAAAAAGCUUCUUGAUCUUGUGGAGUAUAAAUUAAAGGAGGUUAUCUCUAGGGAGCCAACUCUCCUUGUUAUGGUGGUUGGUGUUCCCAAUGUUGGCAAGUCAGCUCUAAUAAAUUCCAUUCAUCAAAUAGCAUCAGCUCGCUUUCCAGUGCAGGAGAAGAAAAAGCGAGCCACAGUAGGUCCGUUACCUGGAGUUACUCAAGAUAUUGCGGGAUUCAAGAUUGCCCAUCAACCUAGCAUAUACGUUUUGGAUACACCAGGAGUGUUGGUUCCAAGUAUCCCAGACAUAGAAACUGGUUUGAAGCUAGCAGCUGCAGGUUCUGUGAAGGAUUCUGUAGUUGGUGAAGAGCGGAUUGCCCAAUACUUACUCGCAGUUUUGAACACCCGAGGCACUCCUCUCCAUUGGAGGCACUUAACAGAUAGAGAAACUGAAGGGCGUCAUCUUGAUUUUGUUGACAAACCCGAUUAUAAUAUUAAAGAUCUUUUGCCAAACAGGAAGAGACCUCCUACUAAUAAAUCUGAUGUUCACUACAUUGAGGAUAUUGUCACUAACGUUAAAGGGGCACUUUAUGGGACAAUGGCAGAAUUCAACGGAAUUUUGGAGGACGAAGGUGACUUGGGAAAUCUUAUAGAGCAGCAGUUUGAAGCACUGCAAAAGGCAUUAAAAAUACCCCAUAAAGCUUCAGAGGCUCGAACCAUUAUAUCGAAGAAGUUCAUCACAUUGUUUAGAACAGGUAAACUUGGUCCUUUCAUCCUUGAUGAUGUACCUGUUGCCAAUUAAUCUACAGUUUGAAACCUCAUGUAUAUGCUACAUAACUUUUAGAUUUUCUUCUUUAUAUUUGAGCUAAGUUGUACUCAUGCAACGUUUGUUAACCUUCCGAAGAGAUUGUACAAUUUAU